CCGACCAACCGGUGCGAUGAGCCUGGCCACGUGGCGCGUGACUGCCCAGCACCAGCUCCGAAGACCAGAACUACGCAGCCUCAGGGAAACGAGGAGGGAGCGGUGUAGCGAGGGGACCACCGCUCCAGCUUCCUGCCCCCCUCCAAGGACGAUGCACGGUGGUGGGCCGAGUUGGGCACCUCAAGGGACUCUACCUGAGCUGCUGUGUUGAGGACCAGCCAUGCCAGGCCCUGGUGGACACGGGGUCUACCAUUUCCCUGAUACGACCUGGCCUUCUCCCUGGAACAUCCGGGCCACUGGUGAAGGGUUGGUUGCCCAUAGACACCCAGCUGAUGACAGUGACGGGGGAGAAAACUGUUAUGCGGGGGAAGAAAUCGUUGGGAAUCCAAGUGAAGGAUCUGGAGCUGGUGCACGACUUCUGGCUCGUCGACAUUCAAGACCGGUGCAUCAUUGGCCUGGAUCUGCUGAGCCGCUGGGGGGCCUGCGUCGACAUCGCGAAGCUGGCUAUCACUCUUGGCGCAGAGACUUUUGCCCUCCAGCGCGGCCAAAAGCAGGGAGCGGAGGGGACCAGACGAGACAGGCGUCGGGCAGCUGCCGCUCAGCAGUUUUCGGAUGCCGGUGGCUCCAGGUCAUCUCCACUCGCCUCAGCCUCAGCCUCUCAGCCCGACAAACCUCCUUCGACCGAGACCAUCGAGGCUACUGAUGACCUUUGGCAGCGCAGCAGCGUAGUCCUCAACGUCGACCAGCGCCAGCGGUUGAGGUGCCUCCUGGAUGAGAAUGUGGACAUCUCUGCCGCCAGUGACAAAGACUGUAGGCAGAUGAGUCUGGUCCAGCACACCAUCGACACCGGCUCUGCUCAGCCCAUCCGUCUGUGCCCACACCGGCUGUCCCUCUCAAAACGGCAGGUAGCGGAAGAGAAGAUCCAUCAGAUGGCAGUGGCUGGGGUGAUCGAGCCGUCCAAUAGCCCUUGGGCGGCACCUGUGGUUCUGGUGGGGAAGAAGGAUGGCAGCCCGAGGUUCUUCGUGGACUAUCGCCGUCUCAAUGCAGUCACCAAGAAGGACUCGUACCCGCUUCCACGGAUCGACGAGGCCCUAGAUUACGUUACCGGUUCCUGCUGGUUCAGCUCCCUCGACCUACGCAGUGGUUACUGGCAGGUGGAUCUAGCCCCCGAAGCAAGGCCUAAGACUGCAUUCACCAUUGGACAGGGCCUGUGGUAGUUCAGGGUCAUGCCAUUUGGGCUCUGCAAUACGCCAGCAACGUUUGAGAGGCUGAUGGAGAGGGUGCUCGUGGAUAUCCCUCGUAGCCGCUGCGUUGUGUACCUGGAUGACCUGUUGGUGCACGGUGGCUACUUUGACAGUGUACUGUCUCACCUGAGCGAGGUCUUGAGUGCCAUCCAACGAGUUGGGCUGCGGCUCAACCCCGCGAAAUGCCGGCUGUUGGUGAGAGAGACCCCGUUCUUGGGCCAUGUGAUCAGCGCUCGAGGUGUCGCCACUGACCCCGCAAAAGUGGCUGCGGUCCGGGACUGGCUGACUCCCUCGAAUGUCCAAGAACUGCGGAGCUUCCUGGGCCUAGCCUCCUACUACCAUUGGUUCAUCAAGGGGUUCACGACGAUGGCCAGCCCCCUCCACCGCCUGACUGACAAGGGACAACUGUUUGGCUGGGGGGAUGCCUGUGCUGCGGCUUUUGCACAGCUGAAGGAGGCCCUCACCAGAGUCCCAGUCCUGGCCUACCCCCACGCCCGGCAACCUUUCAUUGUGGACACUGAUGCUAGCAAUGUAGGAGUCGGGGCGGUCUUUUCCCAGCAGGACGAGGCUGGAGAAUGGGUGGUGUCAUACUUCAGUCGUGCCUUGGGGCGAGCCGAGAGGAACUACUGCGUGACCCGGCGGGAGCUGCUGGCCGUAGUGCUAGCGUAUGUGUUGGUGGCUAUGGACUAUUUCACGAAGUGGCCAGAGGCCUACGCGGUGCCGGACCAGAGCGCAAUGACGACGGCCAAGAAGCUGGUGGAGGAGAUGUUCACCCGUUUUGGGGUCCCGGCUGAGUUCCACAGUGACCAGGGGCUUAACUUCGAAUCGAAGGUCUUCGGGGAGAUCUGCCGGCGGCUGGGUGUGGAGAAGACGAGAACCACACCGCUCCACCCACAAAGCGAUGGCUUGGUUGAGCGCUUCAACCGCACGCUGGCCACCCAGCUCGCCAUUCUCACCAGCCGCCACCAGCGGGAUUGGGACCGACAUCUUCCCCUGGUCCUUUGGUCGUAUCAGACUGCGGUUCAGGAGUCCAGCCAGUGCACACCUACCGCUCUGAUGUUUGGACAGGAGCUCCGGACGCUGAUGGUGGGCCAGAGAUGGACUACUACAGGAGGCCGAGGGAGCGGCUGCAGGUGGUUCAUGACUACACCCGCCAGGCCCUGGCAAGCGCCGGAGUACGACAGAGAAGAGCCUACGACACCAAGUGCCGAGGGGGGGUUUUCAUGCCAGGCGACAAGGUUUGGGUAUACUGCUCAGUCCGCAAGAGAGGAGUGUCCCCCAAACUGUGCAGUCACUGGCAAGGGCCGGCGGAGGUCGUGGAGCGGUGGUCUACCGCAUCCGCAUGCCGGGCCUGGGGCCUAUGGUGGUGUUGCACCGGUACAGGCUCUCACCGUACCGACCGCUCGCUCCGGCAGACGCCGGGGCAGGGGAUGCUGGUGGCACCCCAUGUUCUGA